GUAAUAUGGCAGCCCCGUGUUCGGCGGUUGAUUGACUCGGGUUAGCUUGCCGCCUGCGCGUUUUUCGGAGGUUUUCGCGCCUCAAUUAUUUAUUUUAUGUAAUUAGAACUCAUGUUUAGAACAUUCCAACAUGGGUGCAUAUUUGUCUGAACCUGUUACUGAAAAAGUGUCGAGCGAUGAAGCCAAUGAUAAACUUGAGUGCGGCGCAAGCUCCAUGCAGGGAUGGCGUGUCAAUCAAGAGGAUGCACACAACACAAUCUUAGAGUAUGAUUCAAACACAUCAUUAUUUGCUGUGUAUGAUGGCCAUGGAGGAGCUGAAGUUGCCACUUAUUGUUCACAAAAUCUGCCAAACUUCAUCAAAAACACAGAUGCAUAUAAAAGUGGAGAUCUCACAAAAGCUUUGGAAGAUGCUUUCCUCGAUUUUGAUGCUACUAUUGCUACUAAGGAAGUCAUGGAUAUACUGAAAGAAUUGGCUGGUGAAAUAAAUCCUCCAGGCCCCAGUGACAAUGAGGAGGAGUCUGAGGAUGACAAUGUCAGCAACUUAUAUCAAGAAGCCAGACUUCCAUUGCAGGAAGUAUUAGCAAAGUAUGAGAAUAAACUGAGCAGUCUUCAUCGGGCACGUCUCGGUGACACUGCCACACCUUUGUCACCCUGCCUCCGUGCAAAGAAGAACACUGAUGAAGCUGGCAGCUCAGGUGCCGGUGGUUCAGGCACAAGUUCAGCAUUUGCUGCUGGCUCAAGUUCAGAACAGCCCAGUGCUGAAGCAUCAUCAAGCAAAAACGGCAUAUCGUCAGUAAAAGAGGUCGCUGAUGAAGACACAGGAGGAGUCUCCUCAACAAACAAUGAAGAAGAUAAAGAAGUAAAUGGAGAAGUUUCCACUAGCGAGCCUGACGAAAAAGCGAAAGACUCCGUUGCAAUGGAGGUAGACAAAUCCAAUGCUACUACUGCACCAGACAGCUCUGAAGACAAUUGCCUUCAGCCAGAACAAAGUGCAGAUGCCAAGAGCUCACCAGCUAAAAACAGUGGAUCUCCUGAUGCCUGUAAUGGAGAAGUAACAGAUUCGAAGCAGGUUGAUGGUGAGGAAAGUAACAUCACGUCAUCCAAUGGAUCAACCACACCAUCGAAGGGAAAAGCGAAAGCUGCAGCAGUUUCAAGUUCAGACGUCAAAGCGCCCAAAGAUCCGAAAAGGAGACGCGCCGCCGCAGCCGUUUACGAGUCCUUACUACGUCAGGCUGCCGAAGAAGAUGAUGACGAUAGCGACUCAAAUGAUGAAACCUUCGAAGGAGGAGAGAUCAACUCAUCAGAUGAAGAAAAUGUUAAUGGUGUUGAGGAGUCAUCAAACGACGGAGAUGGCGAAGAAGAAGAAGAUGAUGAAUUGGAGGCUGAAUCAAGUGAUGAUGAUGGAGAGGAAGAUAUCUCUAUGAAUGAAGAACCAGGAAAUGACAGUGGCUGCACAGCUGUAGUAGCACUGCUACGGGGGAAAGAAUUAUUUGUGGCAAAUGCUGGUGACUCGCGUUGCAUCAUUUGCAGAGAAGGGAAGGCGAUUGAUAUGUCAAUAGACCACAAACCAGAGGACGCCCCAGAAUUAGAAAGGAUCACCAAAGCUGGUGGAAAAGUUUCGAAUGACGGACGCAUUAAUGGCGGCCUAAACUUAUCUCGUGCCAUCGGAGACCACUCAUACAAACAAAAUAAAGAUUUGGGUGCUAAGGAACAGAUGAUAACAGCACUGCCUGAUGUAAAAACGUUAACAAUUGAUCCAGAGAAGGAUCAGUUCAUGGUGCUGGCUUGUGAUGGUAUAUGGAACUUCAUGUCUAGUCAAGAUGUGUGUGACUUUAUUUUGCCGAGAUUGGCCGAAGGUCGCGAGAGGCUGUCACAGAUUUGUGAAGAGAUGUUCGACCAUUGCUUGGCGCCGAGCACGAUGGGAGAUGGUACUGGGUGUGACAAUAUGACAGCUAUUAUUGUACGAUUCAAAGACGGAGUAAUCAGUGACGUAGCGCAGCACACGAGUCAGACUGAGGGAGCUAAGAAACGCGCCGCUGAGGAAGAGCACAACGAAGAAGAGCAACAAGAAUCAAAAAGGCAAAAGGUCGAUGAUACCCUCUCAAGUUCAGUAGUGACUUCGAGUGUCUAAAAACCUUCAAACAUUAUAGACAAAAGUGUUCAAACCACGCAUAGUAUUGUGAAAUGUAUGGUGAAGACUUUGUUAUUUAAAUUAUGAUUAACAAAAAGGUCAUGUUACACAAGGGUUCAUCGAGCAUAUACCUACUUAUUAAUUGGUAAUAAUUUAUCAUUUAUAUUGAGCAAUGUUUUGCUUCAAAUCUCCCUGGUUUUUGAUGAAUAAUGUGUAAUGUAAACGUUUUGAGUCAUAUGUGUUGGUAUUGCCUUAUGAGGGUACCAUUGUGGCCCAAUAUUUACAAGUCGCCAGUGUUUUUAGAAAUAGUUGUGUUGGAGUAACUCAUUUUGUAGACAAGUAGAAAUACAGACGUAGCAAAUAAUAAAAAUAUGCAUGCACAUAGCAACAUUGCCGUAGUAAUGUCAGCAACAGAUAUAAACGUAAGUCGACAACAUCUGAUCGCGACACUUGAAAGGAUUACAAGCAUUUAUAUAUUGAAUGGUAGGUAGUUUGUUGCAAUUAAAUGUGAUUGAAAUGUAUACUUACUACAGUUGUACGACAUUUUUUAAAGCUUGGAUAAUAUUACAGUAUAGUACUUGUGUAUUUUCAACAUUUGAUAUGGCACAUUGUAGUAAGUUUACAGUUUAGAGGGAGAGAAUUAAUGAUAAAUUCCAGAACUGAUUGUUGACGAUAGCAACUAGUAAGUAAGCUAAGCUGUAAGUGUAAGUUACAGAAUAUAAUGUGUAUGAUCUAAUUAUUUUGAAUCCCACUUUAAUGUAUUACAGAGUAAAUAAUUCAUUUAGUUGCUAGAACUGGCUUCUUUUUUAUUUUGAAACUAUUGGAUUGUCUUGUUUCUCUAGUACAUUUUUUUUUAAAAGGCAGCAGAAUUUGUGCCACUUUAUUUAUUCAUUUUCAUCAUUUUGUAAAACGACAGUAAUAGCGACGUGAUUAAAAUGUGAAUUAAUAAAAUAUAAGCUGACUAAUAAAAUAAUCCAAAAUUGUCUAAUGAAGUCUUAAAUAUUGACUUGAUGUUUCUAGUUAAGGCCAGGAACACAAUUUGGACGUAUUUGGUGUUUGGUAAAUCUAAAAUUAUGACAUUGGCAUGUUCCUACAUAAAAUUAAAUGUUAAUUGACUUUGGAAUCAAGGGAAUGUAUCUAUAUUUCAAUUAUUUAUCUGUGUUACUCUGUAGUAAUAAGUAGUUAUAUUUUUGUAAUCACAGGUAUUGUAAAAUAAACUUAAUUCCUACUUAUUUUGUGGUUAAGUUGAAAUAAUUUUCCAAAUUGUGAAUUACUUAUUGGUAGAAAAAUUAAUUUAUUCAUACAAUUUCAAGACAAUUCGGUUAUUCCUUCAACGAUUAUGAUUUACAGUUUGACUACUGUGUUAUUACAUGUGUGUUUCAGUGAAAAUUACAUUUUUACAGACUGAAAA